CGAUUAUUCACUCGGUUAUUGGUUGUUGUUUGGUUGGCGAAUCAUGUGUCUGAAAAGUACGGACUAAGUCGCGUCGGUGUGCUAAACUUUGCCGGUUACAACGUUUCCCGAUAUAAACAAAAAAAAAACCGAUCAUCAUGGUAUCCGAAACAUCUGAUGACAGAACAAACGAUAUGUCGGAAGAACACUUUAGUUGGGACUGGAUAUUAUUUAUGGAUUUUUACUUCAUCCUCUCCUUGAUCUGUUUGGCAGCUGAUUUCGUGAUCAUAAUUGCCAUAGUCAAAUACAGAAGACUGCGGAACAGAAAAUCCAACAUACUUAUCCUCCAUUGGACCAUUUGUGAUGCAACGUUCCAGGGAUUACAUCCUGUGAUCUUUCGACUAUCACUUCAAGGCACCUUUCAACACUGGUACCACGAAAUUGUUUGCAUCUUGGAGGAGUUUUGCUACACGAUGCUGAUGAUUGAAGUACUAUUCGUUAUUCUGCUCACGUUUUACUGGUAUUAUGAGAUACACGACCCCAUAAAACUUGUUAAACUUGGCAACCACCUAACGUUUUCUGUCGUAUUUGUAUAUUGUUUCGGCUUGUUUUCGAUGGGCAUCCACAUCUGGGCUUGUGUAGCACACUCUUUCUUUGGGCCGACCAGUAUGAUCAUUUCAGUUUUAGGAUUUUUUGCUUAUUUUCUGUUUACGGUUAUCAUUAAUAUUGUCAGUGCAAUUAGACGGAAAUUGAACAGGAGCACUUCUAGGCCACUUAGUAACGUUAAUUUUAUUUUGAGUAACUUCUUCUUUAUCUGUAAGUUUUCUGUGUUGGUGGUAUGUCUUGUUUCUUCCUUAUUUGUGUUCCAUUUCAUUGGAAUUAUGGCUGCGUUUUUAUUCGCAGUUUCCAAUUCCAUAUUUAACUUAAUCAUUCUGUAUUUCCGCGAUGAAGAUUAUAAGGUAUUCCUUAAAAAUAUUUUUACUUUGAAGUGCGGUAGAUACAAUGACGAAUUUGUUGAUGAGCCAAUAAGAUAUGCAAAUGGAGAUGUCGAAUCCCGUAGUUAAUAUGACUUAAUUAUGUAUGCUCAUAUUUUUAUAUUUUGUGUACUGAUUUAUGUAUAUUUUGUUUGUUUUUAUACUUUUCUUGUUUUAUUAUUGACAAUAAAAUAUUUUACACUU